UAUUUAUGUAUCAAAGGGAACCGAUUAUCGCGCGAGCGUAUAUUUUCGAGCGUGUGAAUCGUGUUUCACACCGAGUCACGUGUCAUCUUGCGUUUUCCCGCGCUCGAAGCGCGUAUAACCAUCGACCCGGCUAAAAUACCUCGAAAAGGCGUAUCGUAACUUAAAUUUUUUUCUUCAAAUAAUUUCGGAACGGCAGAAAUCGCAGGAGUUUAUUGUGACGGCUUUCUCUUGAAAUAACGAUUUCCGUUUUAUUGUACUUUCAUUGUGUCUCGAAUAUUGCAAUACGAUACGCACAUGUCGAGUGACGGCGUCGAGGUGGAAUCGUUGCGAGGAACAACGCGGGACGUGGAGCAAAAGAUGAACGGGAAGGCAAGCGAAGAGCACGAGGAAUGUCAGUAUUUGCGGCUCAUCGAGAAGGUUCUUAAAACUGGAAUGAAGCGGGGAAAUCGCACCGGCGUCGAUACCUAUUCCAUCUUCGGCGCCCAAAUGCGAUUCAGCUUACGAGACGGUGUUUUUCCAUUACUGACAACUAAAAGGGUGUUCUGGCGAGCAGUGGUCGAGGAAUUAUUGUGGUUUAUCAAAGGAUCGACGAAUUCCAAAGAGUUAACGGACAAGGGUGUUCACAUUUGGGACGAGAAUGGCUCGCGAGCUUUCUUGGACUCCAGCGGCUUCACUGACAGAGAGGAAGGUGAUCUGGGACCUGUCUAUGGUUUCCAGUGGCGGCAUUUUGGUGCUGAAUACAAAGACAUGCGUACGGAUUACACAGGACAAGGAAUAGACCAAUUGAAAGAAGUUAUCCACAAAGUGAAGCACUCCCCGGACGACAGACGCAUAAUAAUGUCAGCCUGGAAUCCGGUUGAUAUUCCAAAAAUGGCAUUGCCACCGUGCCACGCUUUUGUACAGUUUUACGUAAAUGACGGAGAAUUGUCCGCGCAGCUUUACCAAAGAAGCGCGGACAUGGGUCUAGGAGUGCCGUUUAACAUAGCGUCGUAUUCCUUGCUGACCUAUAUGAUCGCUCAUGUUACCGGACUGAAGCCAGGAGAAUUUGUACAUACAAUGGGAGACUGUCACGUCUACGUCAACCAUAUAAGCGCCCUUGAGGAACAGGUAAAACGCGAACCGCGCGAGUUUCCAAAAUUAAGGGUAGUUAGAGAAGUCAAAGACAUUGACGAUUUCACUGCCGAGGAUUUCGAAUUGAUAGAUUACAAGCCAUACCCCAAGAUCUACAUGAAGAUGGCUGUCUGA